AUGGAAACAUGCAAAGACACAAUUCUCGCCAAGGUAUUAAACGCAGUUAGAACAGGAGAAUGGAACAGUGAUUUUUCUAACAAAUUAGAACUUGAAUCUUAUAAUUCACGAAAAACUCAAAUCUCAAUGGAACAAGGAUGCUUAUUAUGGGGUUACCGUGUUAUUAUACCAGCUAAAUUCCGAAAUAAUAUACUAAGCGAACUUCAUUCAUGCCACAUGGGUUCUUCUAGAAUGAAAAGUUUAGCGAGAUCAUAUUUUUGGUGGCCAGGAAUGGAUAAAGAAAUCGAAAAUAUUACGCAAAAUUGCGACAAUUUUCUUAACGUUAGGCAGAAUCCACCAAAAUCUAUUAUAUCUCCUUGGAAGUGGCCAGAAAAACCGUGGACUAGAGUGCAUUGCGAUUUUUUCGGACCAUUUCAAAAUAAAUAUUUUUUUGUCAUAGUCAACGCAACCACAAAAUGGUUAGAAGUAUUUCAAGUAAAUUCCAUGACAGCAGAAAUUGCCUUUCAAAAAUUUUCAGAAACCAUAGCACGUUUUUGCAUUCCAAAAACAAUUACAUCAGACGGCGCAAAAUGUUUCACAGGUUUUGAAUUUCAAGCAUAUUGCAAAAAUCUAGGCAUUAAGCAUAUGACAGGUGCACCAUUUUACCCAGAAUCGAACGGCUGUGCUGAAUCGGCAGUUAAAACAGUAAAAAAUUUCUUUAAAAAAUCCUUGACUGCACAAUCCCAAUUAAAUACAUUUCUGUUGAUGUAUCACAAUACACCUCAUUCUAACAACACGAAAAACGCCAGCUCAGCUAAUGUUAGGUCGAUCAACACGUUUACAAUUUGA